CUAAUAACAUCCAUCCAUCGAUCUAAACAUUCGCAUUUAUAAUAUUAGUAAGAUGGUACAUUCGUUGAAUAUAAUACAUGUUUACAUUAUUCCAGUCCAGUGAUCAAAAUCAGCCCUACAUCGGAAUCUUGCAUUUAACACUACAAAGAACAAAACGAAUUGAAUAGCAGCUUUUUAAUAUCAGUUAUGGGUUAUUUUCAUUCUGAGAUCAAUAAGAAAGUAAUUCAGUUCGAAAAUUAAUAUUUAUUUAUUGUCUUCGGUAAUAUAAUGAGAAGGAUCCUUAUAAAGAAAAAAAUUAAAUUAACAUAGAUAUAAAACGCAUUCUGGAAGGGUACUUAUUAAGUUUCUUUUUUUUAAUUCCGUGCGGGAAAAGUCACGGGAAAUUAGUAAGCCAGUCAAAUAAAUUCAUUGUCAUUUAUUGGCCGAAAUAUUUAGAUUUAUCAUUAUAAUUUUGUUUCUAUUAAUACUAUUCAAUUAAUAUUUAAAUUACAUUUAAAACAAAAUAUUACAUCAAUUAAUUACUCGCGUUACCGUAUAACUUGCGACCCACGAAUUUAUUUCGUCCAAUAAAAAUUUCGACACCUCUAUUAAAGCGCCUUCAAAUCGUCAAUCGAGCAGCUGCUGCCAGUCUCUCCACAGAGAAGGAUAAUCAAUUGGAAAAAAGAAAUCCGAUUUGCAAGGAACCUAUUUGAAGUCGGUUAAAUAUUAUCGAAAUAUGUCACUAAGUAGGUGUUUUGUUCGUGGUUUUAGAAUUUGUGCAAGUCAAUAUCAGCAAUCUACGAAAGCGGAUUGGUUGAAUAGGACUCAGUAUUUCAAUAACACUGUUCGAGAUUUAGUCGCCGAUGUGAUGGCUAAAGGUGAAGUUGCCAAAACACCAUCACUAGAAAAACGAUUAGUGAAGUUAAUGGAGUAUGAUACUCUAUUAAGAAUACCUCUGCAAGGACACAUGACAAUGAUGGCUUACGAAGUGUUGGAGAAUCCCAAAAACCUCAAUGAGCAGAAUUUAUACAAAGCACAAGUUGUAUCGUGCGCUAUGGAAUUGGCACAAUCAUAUUUCUUGAUCAUGGAUGACUUCGAGGACCAGUCUGAGACACGCCACGGACAGCCGUGUUGGCAUUUAUUGCCCGAAGUCAAAAAUUUGAUCUUGAACGACGCGUGCAUGUUCCGUAGCCUUGUAAACGACAUACUAAAAGCACAUUUGAACGAUCCUGUUUAUACCAAAAUGAUAGAUAUAUUUAACGAGGUAUGUAAACAUUUUGUAAUUAACGGGAGUUGUAUUGGCAAACUACAAAAGCCAAAAAUCUAUAUAAAAUAA